AAUGUCCAUGUGGUUUUAUUUGCCGGAAAAAGAUUUGUUUUUAUAAUUUUAUGAACUACCUACUAUGAAGUGAAAUAAAAUAAUGAACAAGUUGGUUUUACCACUAGCUACAGUUGAUAUAUACUUCAAAUCGUUAAUAGGUUCCAUUGUAUGAAAAAAGCUUCUUUUAUUGAGCAAAUUUGAUUCUUCCUGCAAUGGAUGCUUAUGAUAUAUUUAAGAAGCUCACUAAAGGCCUGACUUUUAAGCACAAAGUUUUAGGAGUAAAAAAUAAUGUACAAAACACAAUACCUCUUCUAAAAGAAUCAGAUAUUAAAAAAGAACCAAAAGACGAAAAGGAAGAAAUAAGCGAUGAAGACUUUGAAAAUGAUUUUUCUGAUAGUGAUAAUUCGGUCAAAGAAGAAAAUGAUAAUGAUAUGAAUAAGAAAAGUGACAAUGAAAGUGAUGAUGAAAUGGAAAUUAUUAAAGGUGUUUCAGCAAAAAAGGGAAAAGAAAAGAAGAAAAAAAGUAGAUUGUCACCAGAAGAACUUCAGAAAAAGUUGGAACUAGAAGAGCAAAACCGUUUCCGCAACGAGCAUGGUAUAAGAGCAGUGGGUCGCCACAUCCCUCCUGCUCUACAUGAGUUCAGCGACCUGCGUAUCAAGUACAAUGUACCACAGGGUUUGGUAGAUACUGUGAUGGAGUGCGGAUACACCGAGCCCACACCUAUACAGAGACAGGCAUUGCCUUGCUUGUUAGAGGGACGCCAAAUCGUAGCCUGUGCUCCGACAGGUUCAGGCAAGACUGCAGCGUUCCUCCUGCCGCUCUUCCACUUACUUGGUACUCCUCAGGGUGGGCCCAGGGCUUUAAUCCUUUGCCCCACCCGUGAGCUCGCUCAUCAGAUAUACCGGGAGGCGUUGAGACUAUCAGCAUUCACACAGCUUAGGUGUACAGUAAUCAAAAGUGUUAAAGAAAGCAAAGUUAAGGAGAGAGAAGCUACUAUUAGGAAAAGUGACAUAGUAAUAAGCACACCCAACAGAUUGUGUUAUCUUCUCAACCAGGACAAUGUUGGCAUCAGUUUAGACAAAGUACAAUGGCUGAUCAUAGACGAAGCCGACAAGAUGUUUGAAGGCUCCACCGAGGAGGUUGACACUUUUAGACAACAGCUCGACGUCAUCAUGGCUAAUCUCCCAGCAAGACUGAGUGUAAAAGACCAGGCUAAGGACAAAUCAGCUAAGGACCAAUCGGCUAAGGACCAAUCGAUUAAGGACCAGACUAAGCCCGUGACAAGACUGGCCAUGUUCAGUGCGACGCACACGCCCGCUAUAGCGAAGUGGGCCCGCCAUAAUAUGAGAGGCCUGAUUAAUAUUACUGUAGGCCAUAGGAAUGCCGCCUCUAGUCUGGUGGAGCAAGAGCUACUGUUCUGUGGCAACGAGAGCGGGAAGCUGGUGGCGUUCAGGCAGCUUGUGCAGAAGGGACUCAAGCCGCCCGUGCUAGUGUUCGUCCAGAGCAAGGAGCGCGCGAAGGAGUUGUUCAAGGAGCUCAUCUACGACGGUAUCAACGUGGAUGUCAUACACGCCGACCGCACACAGGCGCAGCGCGACAACGUUGUACGUAGUUUCCGCGUGGGUCGCAUCUGGGUGCUAAUCUGUACGGAGCUGAUGGGGCGCGGCAUGGACUUCCGCGGCGUCAACCUGGUCGUCAACUACGACUUCCCGCCAUCCGCCAUCGCGUAUAUACACAGGAUAGGUCGUGCGGGGCGCGCGGGGCAGAAGGGCAAGGCGAUAACGUUCUUCACGCAGGAUGACGUCGUCAAUCUAAGGAGUAUAGCAUCAGUGAUGAAGCGGUCGGGGUGCGAGGUGCCGGAGUACAUGCUCCGCCUCAAACAGGACGCCAACAAACGGAAGAGGCUGUUACAGCGCGCGCCGAAAAGAGACAAGAUAUCGACACGACUGGAGAAACCGGAGAAGAGAAAGUUGGAUGACAAAAAUGAAAAGGAGACCACAAAAGAUACAGACAAAGUGAAAAACGGUAAACAUAAAAAACAAAGAAAAACUGACAACGCUAAACCUUCGCCAGAAAAGAAAACAUUUAAACCGAAAGAAAACAAAAAGACGAAGAAGUUAAACAAGAAAAUGGCAAAGAAGAAACAGAAGAAAAAGCUGUCUAAACCCACUAAAUAAAGGUAUUUAUUUUGAAA